AUGCCCGGACCAAUGAAAAGCCCAACUCAAUGGCGAUGCGUCGUGUUAGAUGAAUCAAAGUACGAGAACGUUAUCGGCACUAAGGAUGGGGGUUAUUUGAAGCUGAAGGAAAUUGAUAAUAAGCAUUUGAAGUUCCUUUCCGAAAACCGUCCUCGCCCACGGUACUUGUACUUCUGUUUCAUCAUUGCAUACCUCAAUGCGAAGAGUCGGGGCGCAAAUGAUGCCGUUGCAAAAAAGGUCGAAACCACGCGUUUUUGGCCCUCUGGCGGCGAUCACCUUAAUCGGUCAACACUGGUUACACUAGCCCGGUGUGUCUCGGGAUCAGAACUCCCUGAGUCGCUUCAAGAAAAUACGUUUGACACUGGUGAUAUCUCUACUCGCAAUGCUGACGCUGGGACUGUGCUUGGGGCUGAUAUACGGGACGCAAUUCUUGCCAUGCAGAAACUAUGA